CCUUCACAUGUGUAAGGCUUCCACGAUUACAAAUCUCUCCUGGCCAUGAGUGUACUGUUUACGGAGGAGGAAGUGCAUCAGACAAUCGAAUUCGUGCGUCGAUUUGUUGCACUUCGACCCGACGCUUUCGGAGAGGACGAACCCCUACCAUUUCGAGUUACCCCGCUAUCUAUUUCUGUCAACGAGUUGGAGGGAGAAUGCAUCGAAUGGUCUAUGCAGUACCUCAAUAACAGUGGAGCACCUGAAGCUGUGGCUGCUCUUAUAACUCGUGCCACCGUUGAUGAAAUCAGCAAAAAAGAUCUCUCCAUUUAUAGGCAUGAGGAGGAAAAGGAUGCUUUACUGGACUCCUCCAAAAUUGCCAGAGAUGCUAUUAAUAGGGUUAUAGAGAUUUGUAGGCAAUGGAGCAGUGAGCUGCCCUCCUUUCACAAGUCAAAGAUCACGUAUGAAUCAUAUGCUCACGCUAUCAAGAACACCAGAAGAAAAAUGGAGGAUAGACAUGUUAUCUUGCCUGAAUUUAACUGUCUCUUUGGAUUUCCACAGGGCUUCAGCAAUCAAGCAUUCUUUGCUGUAUAUGAUGGUCACAGUGGAGUGGAUGCUUCCAAUUUUUCUGCUACUCACCUUCACUGUCAUCUUGCAAGGAACAAAAACCUUGAUAUUGAUCCUAGACUUGCUUUGAAAGAAGCAUUUGAAAAGACAGAUGAAUGCUUUGUAGCAAAGGCCAAAAGAGAGGGUCUUCGAAGUGGUUCCACAGGCGUAGCUGUGUUUAUAAAGGGUCAAUCGCUUUAUGUUGCAUGGUUGGGAGAUUCACAGGUUGUACUGUGUAAAGCUGGGCAGCCAUAUCUCCUCAUGGAUCCCCACAAGCCAGAUAGAGAGGAUGAAAGACAGCGUAUUGAAGCUCUUGGAGGUUGUGUUGUGUUCUUUGGUGCAUGGCGAGUAAAUGGAAGUCUCUCAGUCUCCCGAGCGAUUGGUGAUGCUGAACACAAGCCUUACAUAAGUGGAGAGCCAGACACAGAGGAAUUGGAUCUUGAAGGUGAUGAAGACUUCCUAAUCUUAGCCUGUGAUGGUUUGUGGGAUGUAAUUAAACCAUCUGAGGCUGUGGAUGCUGUGCGUCAGUACCUUGCUGAAGGGGGAGAUAGGGCAUCUGUAGCAAAGUGUCUUGUGGAUGGUGCAAAAGAAGCAGGUUCUAGUGAUAACAUUUCAGUAGUUGUUGUCUUCUUGGACUCUCACAAGAAAGAAAAUUCUGGACAAGAAGUUUGUGACAGUGUUUCCAGCUUAUCAUCAAGCAGUGUGCAUCAACAUGUGCCUUAUAAUGACAAUGGUACUAAUUCUUCUGAAAAUGGCACCAACCAAGAAACUAAUUGUGGAGAUUUGGUUGAAAAAUCACCAGUACCACCAUGUAAAGUCUCACCAAAAUCAAUCAAGAAAUCCUGCGAACCGUCAUCUAAAUCUUCUGAGGAUGGAAGUUCAUGUAAAGAAGGGAGUUGUCCAAUGACAUAAUAUUGAAUCAGCCCCUCAAAUCUCAUCAGUCACCAUGCAUUCUCUUUUAUAGGAUAUAUUUUAAAAAUAAAUUUUUAUAACCGCAA